CACUCACUGUCGCUCUGAACGAAAAUGGAUGCUGAACCAUCUCCCAAACGCAGACGUGUCGCUCUGGCGUGCACGUCCUGUCGAGAGCGAAAGGUCCGGUGCGAUGGCACCAAGCCUGUCUGCACCGCUUGUCAGAAACGAGGGUCGACGGCGUGUGUCUACCAAGUUAUCUCUAGCACGGCCAAAUAUCAAAGCGAACGAGCCUAUACACAAUCCCUACAGAGUUAUGUACAAAACAUCGAACGGCAAGCGCAGAUGUCGGAUGAUACCCGGCCGGUAGGAACAAUCCCAGAUGUCCAGACGCCUGAAGCAAGUGAGGCUAUAUUAUCUCAGAACGCACCUGCAGAUACAGUCAGCCCUAUCAAUGCGAUGGGCACAGCGAUACCCAUGAUGGACCAUGUGUCCAGUACAGCUGAUCAAUUCUACGGACAAUCAUCGGUGGUAUCGCUGAUCCAGCAGGUGGUACCCACUCGAAAGACUGCUAGACAUAGUUCCGGGUCUAUACUGGCAACUCCGAAAGAGAACUCAUCGCUGCUUGAUGAGACCUUCUCGCUUCCGCCUCGUCGAGCGGCGGACUGGUUAUUGGAUAUCUACUUCCAUAACGUGCAUGUAUUUUAUCCAUGGGUUCAUACCCAUAGCUUCAUGAAGGCGUACGAGAGCCUAUGGACAAAUCAAGACACGUCGACAAACAAUAUACCAGACAUCGGUCUAGGAGGGAGUAACUGCCCUUCCUCGGUCUUCUCAUGCGCACUGAAUGCCAUAUUCGCGCUGGCCUGUGAAUUCUCUAAUUUAGACUUUACCGAAAAGACAAGACUAUCUGCGUUAUUCUAUGACCGCAUAAAGGGUCUACUACAUAUUGAUCUGCUGGAUAGUGGCAGUCUGUGUCAUGUACAAGCUUUAUUGCUUGUCGCGCAGUAUCUCCAAUGCACACAGUAUCCCACACGAUGCUGGAAUAUCGUCGGAUUGGCAUAUCGCAUGUCCCUUGGACUGGGAUUACAUUCGAUGGGUAAUGCCCAGGAAAUGAGUGCCAUUGAAACACAGAUACGACGACGUGUCUGGCAUGGUUGCAUUCAAAUGGACAUCACUGUCAGUAUGACAAUGGGGCGGCCGCCAACGGCACCGAGAUACAAUGUUCCCUUGCCAGAUACCAUCGAUGAUGAAUUUCUGAUAGUUGGAAUGAACGACUGUCGCCAACCAGAGGAGAUAUUCUCACAAACCACAUCCUAUUUGGAGAAUCUCAAACUGAUAGACAUCCUUGGAAAGAUAUUACUCAAUGUAUAUCAUGGAGACAAGUCGGACAGGGGCUCCAACGGGUCAGUCAGAGAUCUAGAGGCCAUUCUACAGCUAGACUCGGAAUUAGCGAGUUUCGAAAAGGCCCUUCAUCCUAAUCUAGACUGGAACAACAGGGAUCAUAUCGAGAGUAAACUUCUUUUCAAAAGACAGUCGAACGUCCUUCAGGCCAGAUUCCUCCAUUUGAAGCUACUGUUAUAUCGCCCCACCUUCAGUCUUUUCUGUUCCCGCGAUAAAACUGAAACAACAUCAGAUCUACCAAGGAUCCAUCAGAAGAAUUGCGCCGUUUUAUGUGUUCAGGCAGCGUGUAAUCUGAUUGAAUCAUUGGAAAGGGCAACAGCUGUCGAUUCUACCGGUGUCUGGUGGUAUGGUGUUUUCUACCUCGUCACAGCAGGAAUCAUCCUCGUUCUGGCAGAUUCAGACGAGUCCUUGAUUGCUUCUUUUUCCAAGGAACAGCUUGAGACCGCGUGGGGUAACUGUCUCCAAGCACUGUUCCGAAUGGCACAAGGUCAUUCUUCUGCAAGGGAUUAUGCCAUUGCUUUGGGCGCAUUGAAGCAGCGAGCUGGAUCGCAACGUAUCAAUGCCAGCCAGAGCCGGGCUCCUUCACGGGCCCGAUCACAGCAAGGGAUAGAUGACCAAGUAUCUGAGACAACCAACCCACCAGAUCUCGUAGAUGAAAAUGACCUGAGGAUUGCCAAUAUCGAAACAGAUGGCUCUCCUCAUGAUAUCUUCAGUCCACUGCUUCAGAACUGGGAAACAGGUAUAGAGGAUAUCAUGUUGCCGGCGCAUCUUCUACAGGAUAUAGAUGAAGGGUUCUCUUUGCCUCAUCUCUUCUGAGUCGGAAAUAUCAAAUAGCUAUCAAAU